AUGACUUCUUGCGUUUCUCGGCCAUCCCUUCAGAUGGCUGCCAUCUUCAGCUGUGAAAUGUGUUCUGAGGCCUACGCCAGUCCAGCAGACUUGGACCACCACCGCCAAAUUCACGACAUUGACAAUGAUCCCGGUCGUAUUGCUGUCUCAGUCGCCUGCAACACAUCCAAAGCCAAGUUGACCACUGUUGAUCAAGCCCGCACUGGGAAAGAUGUUGCUACUCCAGCCGUUACUACGCGCUGUUUCUUCUUUUGUUCUACAUGUAAUACCCGGGUGGAAUCGCCUCGCAGUCUGAGAAGGCACAACGAACAGUUCCAUCCUAGCAACAUCAAGGCUUUUGUGGAUGAGAAUUUGCCCGGCACGUGUCAGCGCUGUCACCGCCACAGCAUUGAAUGUGACUGCACACCUCCCUAUCAGUCAAGCGUUAUGAGUGAUACAUCUGAGGGCUAUACGCUACCAAGCCUAGAGCUGUCUUGGAGCCCUGGUUCGGCUUCCGGAUCGUCUACAUCUCAGGAACAAUCGCCUACCAGUCCUGCCCAGCCCUCCAACUCUCUCCCGUGUUUGGCUGCUACUGUGUUCAGUCCUCAAUAUGUUGCUCAUAUGCCGCCUAUUCCAGAAUCAGAUGCCAUCCAGACAGGUGAUGUCAGUUGGAUUGACUUUCUAGCUCCCGUCGAGCGACGCGAACCUUGCGUUGAAAAUGCUGGGUUUGAAGACUCCAAUUUUUCCCCGUUAACCGAUCAUUUUUGGCAGAGGCCGGUUGAUAUGCAUCUCAGUGGCUACAAUUCUCCAGGAGAUGUGCUAGCUGUAUCACUGGAAAGUCUAAGGCUUCUAUUUGAUGCAGGUGGCGUUCCACGUAGAUACGAAGCGGUUGAAGAGCAGACUAUAUACCUCCCUGCGAUGAAUCUGCUCAACCAGCUUUGCGCCAACUACUUUGUCCACUGGCAACAGAACCAGCCCGUCUUUCAUUUUUCUACGUGGAGUUUCAUCGAGUACCCUAUGGCGCUGGUCAGCGCAAUGGCUUGUGUUGGCUCGAUCUUUUCGAAGGACUGUGAGGUCAUACGACAGGCGAGUUACAUCAGUGAACGAUGUACCUCGGAAAUAAACAGUCUGACCAAAGCUCCUUUUCCGCAAUACCGAGAUACGGAGUAUAUAGCUGCUCUGUGUAUCCACCAAACAUACUUGAUUGGAUCAAGCCACGAUCAAAUCCAUCAUCAUGCAGAUAGAGUUCGCAGUUACAUGAUUCAGGGUCUGCAACAUCAGAAUCUGCUGGGACCCAAUGCCUUGAACCCAGGCAAUAUAUUACCUCGGCCUUCUUUGGAUCCUGAUGUGGUACACAAGGAGUGGCGCGCGUGGGCAGACCACGAGCAAAAACUCAGGGUGGCUUGGAUGGUGUUCGAGUACGACUGCAGCCUUGCGCUCCUCACUGGUCGUCCUUGUGCUAUAGCGCUGGGACAUUUACCCAAGGUAUUUCCCUGCGAGGAUGCACUUUAUAAUGCCCCCAACGCGUAUGCCUGGGCCGAACUCCUUUUGAGUGACUCGAGUCUCCAAGGGCCUUUGGUAUCCAAUGUCAUAACCCUUGCGUUGGAUAGACUCAAACUUCCUCACGCAGUGUCUUCAUGGACCAAGCGUCUUUGCGCGCAUAUCUUGGAAAGACUCCUCAGAGGUCUUCUAGAUCCUUAUCAACGGACCAUCACAAUUGCGAGUGCUCUAGAAAUCAACUUACAUUUCACCUCUUCUCUCUCAAGCAUUCAGAUGCAGCUGCUUUGGAGUAUCAGCUUUUUGGGCAAGUCGGCCUCUAUAUAUCACCAGUCGCCCGCCGCCAUUAACAUCACGAGGGACGCCGAUGAUUUUAGCUUAUCAUCCAGACUGAAAGUGAUUCGCCAUUCUGACCACUUUGGUCUGUGCACUCGCAUCUUGUACACGAUAAGGUUCAUCACUCUCGCAGCCAUUUCGUCCCCGCCGUGUAGCUAUCACACAGAAUUGCCUUUAAUGCAACAACGGCUUAUUCAAGAAUUCGCCAACGCCCCGUAUCACGCUCGGCUGUAUGUCUAUAACGCAGGGCAGAUAUUCAGAGUUACCAGAGAGAAUCCACUCGUAACGCCGGUCGACUACCUGCGCAUCUUCACAGCAUAUCUCGCCAUUCUUGCAUUUGUCAAGUAUGGCCCCUCUUCAGAAAAUGACAUGUCCGGUGGCGAUCCAUUUCAAGCAGAUGUAUUUCCAUUCUUCCCCACAAGUAGCGACAAAUGGCUUGAGUUUGGCGGCCCGGCUACGAUCGGCGACUGUGGUGUCUUUUAUCCCGGGUGCUCGACAGAACAAAUCAUGCGGGAUGCGAGCAGUCAGCUCUGUAGCUCAUAUGGCUGGAAGCUGAAGAGGAGGUUUUAUCAUGUUCUGGUUCGCUUUAACGCUCUUGGAGCGCGCCGUGAUUGA